CCUACCCCUGAGGUGUUGGGCCCGAGGUUCGGGCAGCUAAGGUUCUUCAGGUUCCUCUAGGCUGGUGCUGGGUCGUGUUGAUAACCUCCAGAAAGCGUUUUGGCCGGAUUUGAGGAGGGGGGCGGGGAGGGGCCUGCGGCUUGCGGCCCCGCCCCCUUCUCCGGCUCGCGGGCCGGCGCACUGGCCCGCCUACUCCCUCCGCCGGCCCUGGGGCCGCGUCCCCCCGGCAGCUCAGCAGCGGCGGCCUGAGCUUCUGUCCGCAGGUGUCGGUGGCGAGGCCCCCGGGCACAGCCUGGCUCGGCCCCAUGGUGGGUUUCGGGGCCAACCGGAGGGCCGGUCGCCUGCCCUCCUUCGUGUUGGUGGUGCUGCUGGUGGUGAUCGCGAUCCUCGCCUUCAACUACUGGAGCAUCUCCUCCCGCCACGUCCUGCUUCAGGAGGAGGUGGCCGAGCUGCAGGGCCAGGUCCAGCGCACCGAGGUGGCCCGCGGGCGCUUGGAGAAGCGCAAUUCAGACCUCCUGCUCCUGGUGGACUCUCACAAGAAACAGAUCGACCAGAAGGAGGCCGACUACGGCCGCCUCAGCAGCCGACUGCAGGCCAGGGAGGGCCUAGGGAAGAGAUGCGAGGAUGACAAGGUUAAACUACAGAGCAACAUAUCAUAUCAGAUGGCAGACAUACAUCAUUUAAAGGAGCAACUUGCUGAACUUCGCCAGGAGUUUCUUCGACAAGAAGACCAGCUUCAGGACUAUAGGAAGAACAAUACUUACCUUGUGAAGAGGUUGGAAUAUGAGAGUUUUCAGUGUGGACAACAGAUCAAGGAAUUAAGAGUACAGCAUGAAGAAAAUAUUAAAAAGUUAGCAGACCAGUUUUUGCAGGAACAAAAGCAAGAGGCCCACCAGUUUGAAUUAAGAGGUGGAAAUGAAUUGGGUAUAAACGAUCAUGUAGUACCUAAAAAUGAUCCAGAAGUAGCUGAGAAUGCUGCAGAGAAGAACGAAGAACCCUCAAGCAAUCAUAUUCCACAUGGGAAAGAACAAAUCAAACGAGAUGGUGAUGCAGGAAUGCCUGGAAUAGAAGAAAAUGACCUUGCAAAAGCUGAAGAUCUUCCCACGGUUUUAAAGAAACCCCCUAUUUCUGUUUCUCAAUAUGCAAAUCAUCAAGCAAUCUCCCAUCGUCCAACUGGACAACCUCUCUCCCCAAAUAUGGUUCCAGAUUCUCAUGGAAACCUCAAUGGAAACCCUGGAACUUCAAAACAGAACCCUUCCAAUCUUUUUCAGCGUUUGAUUCCAGGCCCAAACUUGGAGAGUGAACCCAGAAUUCAAGCAGAAAUACUAAAACAGGCUACCAAGGAUAGAGUCGGUGAUUUCCAUAAGUUGAAGCAAAGCCGAUUCUUUGAUGAGAAUGAAUCCCCUGUUGAUCCGCAGCAUGGCUCUAAACUGGCGGAUUAUAAUGGGGAUGAUGGUAACGUAGGUGAGUAUGAGGCAGACAAGCAGGCUGAGCUGGCUUACAAUGAGGAAGAAGAUGGUGAUGGUGGAGAGGAAGACGUCCAAGAUGAUGAAGAACGAGAACUUCAAAUGGAUCCUGCAGACUAUGGAAAGCAACAUUUAAAUGAUGUUCUUUAAGCCCUAAAGGAAAACUUCAGAAAACCUAAAGUGCUGUAAAAUUGAAUCAUUUCUACUUUGUUUUUGGCUUUUGUUGUAAAGAUCAGUUGUAUCAGUUGUAAAGAUACAUUGAGAUAGAUUUAAGGAAAAAUUUUAAUGAAGGAAUGUACCCAUGUACAUAUGUGAACUUUUUCAUAUUGUAUUAUUAAAGCAGAGACUUUUGGUUAUAUUACAUUUGAGCCAGAAAUAAUAUAAGCAAAACUGUAGUCUUUGCAUUUAAAGCAAACUAAUGUAUAUUUUACAUUUUAUUGAGCCUAAUUCUUUCCACAAAUGGACAAAUAGGAAAAAAAAUGGUUGUACAGUUUAUAUGCUGCACAUUAGCAUAACCACAGUGAGAACAGUUAUUCAGCUGAAAAACUUUUUAUACACUAAUAUAUUCUUGUUAGCCCAACAGGUAUUCUGUUCUAUCUACCCCUUAUCUCAUGCUCUUCAAGGAAUUAUACCUAGAAUAGUUAGUUAAAGAGGGGAACCUGGAAGCCAAACAUUGGGCAGCAUGUGUGCAAAAUCACUUCCCUACCCUUUUUGUUUUACAUGAAUGUUGAUGUGUUUUGGCCGAUAAGCUCUCAGUGAGGUCUGAUGAAAGUUGAGAUAGUCUGCAAAGACAUAACAAUAUUUAUGAGUUAUACCUCACUUAGUUCAUGAAAUUGAGAAAUGCAUGAUUGACAAUAUAUUUUCAAUUUUUUCCCCCACAUAAUACCAGUACUGUUUAACUAUAGCCAGCACUAGCUAAAAUUUUGUAUUUUCAGAGUUCAAGUUGGUGAAGAUAUUCAUGAUUUAAAUGUCAGAUUCUGAGAGGCUAAAUCAACUUUGAAAUAAUCUGCAAUCAGUUUUUCAAAGCUUCUCUGGUAGUUUUAGUGAUCUUAUUUGACUAGACUUUCUCAGAAUUACUAAAUAGGAGUUUUAACAGAUUUUUAUUAAUGCACAGAUAAAUAGAAGUACAGUGAGAUCUACAGCCAUUUCAUUAAAAUAGCUUAAAAGUUUGUAAUGAAGAUGAAGAAUCUUUGUAAUUACUUAGUAUGUUAGUUAAGAACCCAUAAACCUCAUAUUUGCCAGUCUUACAAAAUUAUUUGAAAUGCAUUUCUUUUUUGACACUUUUUAGUAGAAUGGGUAAGCUAGCUAAUCCUUGUUUUCUGAGUUAAAGCACUUUUAAAUCUUAUUCCCCCUUCCCCAAAAUAAAAGGUUUUAGUCAUAAGGAGAAAUUUAAUGUUGCUAACUCUGUGUUUUAGAAGGGCUACUGGUAUUGCACAUAAACAUGAAAUGCUUCCCACGCCCCCUACCCCACCCCACCCCGUACUCAGGUUCUAGGCAAAAUUCAAAUUUAUAGAGAUUUUGAAAACAGGUUUUUCACUUAUUGAAGGUGCAAAAAUUCUUAGACUUUAGUUUGAAAUUAUUAAGCAACGGAAAAGAUGUAGUGAUUUACUAAAAUUGUUGUUUCUGUCAUAUCAGAGUAAACAAUUCAUGCUUUUACAAUGAGUAGAGUCGGCUUACAAUGAAUAGGUAUGAUAGUUCACAGAACGUUUUUAAAUGGAGUUAAAAGGAAUUAAUGUACACCGUAUGGGCGUUAGGGUGAGAAGAUGAAUCUAAAACAUACUCCUAAUAAUACUUUACAUUUAAUACUGUAAAAUCUUUACAAAUAAAAACCAUGAAAUUUUUUGCCUUAGUUCCAUUGUCAUAAAAACAAUCACUUGGUUAUAUGGUCACUAUUACUUACACAGCAAAAUUUCUUCAAUUAACAGUAUAGACAUUUUAUAAACUGAGAAAUCUUGGACCAGUUGAUAAUACUUCAGACUAUAUUAACAUUUUAGUGCUAUAAAAUACUAUGUGAAUCUCUUAAAAUUCUGACAGUCUACAGUCUGUAUUAGACAUGCUGGUUUUAUAAUGUUUUACUUCUGCCUUAAGAUUUAGGUUUUUCAAAUGUAUUUUUGCCUUGAAUUAAGUGUUAAUUUGAUGAAAACUCUGCUUUUAAAAUCAUCACUUACUGGGUUCUAAUAAAUUAAAAAUUAAAUUUG